AUGCCCAAAGCAGUUUCUAUUUCUCAAGUCCCCGGCAAGCCAGGUCAGGUAUACUACCCACUCCGGAUUGACGAGGUGAGCCGGCCCGAUCCAAAGCCGAAUGAGCUGGUCAUCAAGCUCCAUGCUGCCGCCAUCAACCACCGUGACCUCUUUAUCCGGCAGCACCUCUACCCAGCCAUUGCAUUCGGCACACCCUUGCUCGCCGACGGCUGCGGGAGGGUUGUUGCUAUUGGCUCUGCCGCCAACCCCUCGUGGCUGAACAAGCGUGUCGUCCUGAAUCCAGGUACUGGCUGGAACGACUCCCCCGAUGGACCGGAAGCUCAAGGAGGGUACAGGUUGAUGGGUGGAACCAGGAGCAAUGGAGUCGGUACAUUACAAGAGUACUGCGUGAUUGAUCAGGGCGAGGUGGAAGAGGCGCCGCCUCAUCUUUCAGACGUGGAAUGUGCUGCGAUACCAUUGGCGGGUCUCACUGCAUGGCGGGCGGUGAUGGUCAAGUGUGGUGCGCGAAAUCUCGGACCUGGCAAGAAUGUAUUGAUCACGGGCAUUGGCGGAGGCGUUGCAUUAAUGGCAUUGAUGUUCGUCGCGGGGACCGGCGCCAACGCGUGGGUAACAAGCGGUAACCGGGCCAAGAUAGACAAGGCCGUAGAUCUGGGAGCGAAAGGUGGUGUAAGUUACAAAGACAAGGAAUGGGUAAAAAAGUUGUUGGAUCUGUUGCCAGAAGCAAACCAGCGCUUCGAUGCGAUUGUGGACGGCGCAGGCGGGAACAUCAUUGAGAUGGCGCCAAAGUUACUCAAGGAUGGAGGUAUUGUAUCCGUUUAUGGCAUGACAACAGGCCCGAAGAUGCCGUUCGUGAUGCAGGCGGUGCUGAAGAACAUUGAGGUCAAAGGCUCGACAGCCGGCAAUCGCAAAGAGUUCAGAGAUAUGAUGCAAUUCGUCCAUGAGAAACGAGCGCGACCAGUCAGCAUCACGUACUCUAUCUUAUGGACUACAAUGUCAAAAUCCGGGAAACCCCAAAAACGCCUUGCGAUCACCCAUGGGCCUCAUCUUCCAGAACUACAGCACCUUACGUGGGGAGAGCUCCUUCGGCGACACUGUCGAAGACGUUCUAGCGAUAUUGCUCUGAUAUCUGCUCAUGAAAAUCAAGUCCUGACCUACAGCGAGCUCAACCGCCGUAGCGAUAUCUUGGCAGCGGCAUUUCUUGAUGCUGGGAUACAGAAAGGGGACCGGGUGGCCAUUCUCCUGGACAAUCGCUCCGUUUAUGUCGACAUAUUCUUCGCCUGCGCUAAGACUGGUGCAAUUAUCACCCUGCUCAACUUCGCUUAUACACCGACAGAGUUGAGACAUGCUCUGACUCUGACGAAAGCAAAACUUCUGAUCACCGCUACCAGAACGGCUAGAUAUGAUUAUACCAAAGUUCUCAAGAACCUUGAACGCGACUUGGAGUCUCUGGAAACGCUGGUCCAUUUGUCAGAUGUGCCGGCCGUCGACAUCUCAGCAAGCUUCUCGUCUAAAUCUUGCAGCUACACUGAAUUUCUCCGACGAGGGUCAAAAUGCGCAGUGUCUACAGAAGCUGCUGUGGCAGGGACGUCGGACUCGGACAUCCUCAACAUACAAUUCACGAGUGGCAGUACAGGCAUGCCCAAGGCAGCAGCUCUUACACACAGUGGACUACUCAAUAGCGCCAUCUAUAUCGGUCGGAACCUGGGUAUUACAAAUCGCGAUCGAAUCAUCAUUCCAGUGCCUCUAUUUCAUGCGUUUGGUCUUUGCACUUGUUUUGCAGCCGGUGCUGCGGCAGUUCUCCCUUCGGCGUACUUCGAUGCUGGAAUGGCACUGAGUGCUGUUGAGAAAUACCAUGGCACGGGCUUGUACGGUGUCACAACCAUGUGGAUUGACAUGUUGUCACACCCCAAGUUUGCUUCAACCAAGCGUCAGUCGUUGAGGUUCGGCCUGAUUUCCGGCUCUGCCUUGCCUGAGGGCCUCCUCGUACGUGUCGGAACCAAAUUCCCCAUUCCGCAUCUCAACACGAAUUGGGGCAUGACCGAGCUCUCCUCAAUAGUGACUAUGACGACGGCCUCGGAUCCAAUGGAGAAGAAGAUGAGGACUGCAGGGCGGUUACUUCCCAACUUCAGCGCGAAAAUUGUGGAGCCAGACACAGGCAAAUGCCUCCCGUGGGGACAGCGAGGCGAGAUAGUCAUCAGCGGGUACGGGCUCAUGCACUCUUAUUUCGGGGACAAGGACAAGACGGCGCAGGUUUUGAAGCAACACCCCGAAGAUCUACUUCCUGGACAGGCUGGACGAGACACCACUGGCCAGCUACGAGUAUGGAUGCACACAGGGGACGAAGGGUAUUUCGACCCCGAUGGCUAUUUUGUCAUCACGGGGAGAAUCAAGGACCUGGUCAUUCGUGGCGGAGAAAACAUCUCCCCCGUCGAGGUCGAAGAGCGUCUCUACAUGCACCCCGCCAUCAAACAAGCAGCCGUUUUCGGUAUCCCUAGCCAGCGCUAUGGUGAGGAGGUCGCUGCACUGCUGGAGCUGGAGGAGGGAUGUGACAGACCGUCGGACGAAGAGAUCCGCUCGUGGGUUCGACAAACGUUAGCUCGUUUCAAAGCACCCGUCAAGAUUUGGUGGUUGGGAGAUAAGGCGAGGGGCAUACCCGCCCAGUGGCCCAAGACUUCUAAUGGGAAGUUGAAAAAGAAAGACAUCAAGACUUUAGGUGCACAGCUGAUGAAGAGCGAAAAGCAGCCGCUCCGUGCGUCAUUGUAG